GACCUCCGUCACCGCCCAAUUUUUACCUUCUCGCCUUCGUCGCAACAUUCGCGCACUUUUCUUCGCAACAACGCUCCCGCGCUGGCGCCUCGCGCGUGCCUGACAGACCUGCCGACAACCGCAGCUCUCGGCUACCGGCGGAGUCAUCAUCAUGCAGCCGCCGCAGCUGCCCGCCGGCGAGCAGCCGCCCCAGCACCAGCCGCUGUCGCAGCCCUCGUCGCAGCCCUCCUUCUCCUUGAGCCAGAGCCAGCCGUCGUCGCAGACGACCGGUUACCGGCAAUACGCCGACAUUCCCCCGAAGCCGGCAAAUGACCCCGACAUGGGCAUCUACUCGGCCGUGUACUCGGGCAUCAACGUCUACGAGAUGGAGGUGAACAACGUGGCCGUCAUGCGCCGCCAGCACGACUCGUGGCUCAAUGCGACCCAGAUCCUCAAGGUUGCCGGCGUCGAUAAGGGCCGCCGCACCAAGAUCCUGGAGAAGGAGAUCCAGACCGGCCAGCAUGAGAAGGUCCAGGGCGGCUACGGCAAAUACCAGGGCACUUGGAUCCCCUUCGAGCGCGGCGUCGAGGUCUGCCGCCAGUACGGCGUCGAGGAGCUCCUGAUGCGACUGCUGACCUACAAGCGCGGCCAGGACGGCGGCGCCGCCGACGUCGACACGCCGACCAAGGAGCAGGCCAUGGCCGCCCAGCGCAAGCGCAUGUACAAUGCCAGCUCGCAGGAGAGCCGCGCCGGCGGCUUGUCGGGCACCUUCUUCAAGAACAUCUCGUCCACCGCGUCCCAGGCGAUCAACGCCAUCAGCAAGGCCCGCUUCGACUCACCCGGCCCGCGAAGCCGCAGUGGUCCCCCCCGCGCGCCCAGCUUCCACCGCCAGUCGUCAACGCAGGAUGCCGGCGGCGAACUCCCGCCGAACUCGCAGCAGAGCUUCGUCUCGGACUACGGCCAUGCCGACUCGGCCUUCGGAUCGCAGACCGCCCAGCCGGCGACGGCCGACGGCGAGCAGCCCCCGCGCAAACGGCAGAGGGUGCUGACGCCCGCCAACAGCUUCGGCGGCCUGACGCCGACGUAUCCGCAGGUCGACGGAUACGCAGCCAACUACCCGGGCUCGCCGACGGAGCCGAACGAGUCGUUCAUCUACUCGCAGGCCGGCGUCCACGUCGAGCACGAGCCCAGCUACCCGCCGGGGCCGCUCCGGCCGCUCCCGUACGACAUGUCCCCCGAGGCCGAGGCCAAGCGCAGCAUGCUCAUGGGCCUCUUCAUGGAUCCCAACGGCCCGGACGAGGCGAAGAAGAACGCCCUCCGUAACAUGAUCCCCCAGGAGCUCGACGCGCCGAUCGACACGCAGAGCCACACCGCGCUGCACUGGGCGGCGACGCUCUCCCGGAUGCCGCUGCUGCGCGCGCUGAUCGAGGCCGGCGCCAGCCCGUUCCGCGUGAACGCGCUGGGCGAGACGGCGCUGAUGCGGGCGUGCGUCGUAACCAACUCCAUGGACCAUAACUCGUUCCCGGAGCUGCUCGACGUCCUCGGCGGCACCAUCGACGUCCGGGACGACAAGGGCCGGACGGUGCUGCACCACAUCGCCGUGACCAGCGCGGUGAAAGGCCGGAACGCCGCGAGCCGGUACUACCUCGAGAGUCUGCUGGAAUGGGUCGUGCGGCAGGGCAGCGGCAGUGCCCCGAGCAGCCAGAACGCGCCGGGCGGCCACGGCCCGAGCGCGCCGGCCAGGAUGGGCAUCGGGCGGUUCAUAAGCGAGAUCGUCAACGCCCAGGACAACAGCGGCGACACGGCGCUGAACAUUGCCGCGCGGAUCGGCAACCGCAGCAUCGUCUCGCAGCUGCUCGAGGUCGGCGCCGACCCCAACAUCGCGAACCGCGCGGGUCUCCGGCCUCUGGACUUUGGCAUCGGCGCCGAGGCGGAAGACCACAGGAACGGCGACGCGUCGGGGCGCAGCGGCGCCGCCCAAGGCUCGAGCCAGAAGAACAAGGAAAACAGCGACGAGGUUGUGAACUCCAUCUCGCACCUCGUCAACGAGUCAUCGUCGGUGUUCCAGAGCGAAGUGAAGAAGAAGCAGCAGUCAAUCGAUGCGCUGCAUAGCUCGCUGCGGGCGACAUCGGCGCAAAUCGGCGAGGCCCGGCGCACGCUCGAGGCGCUGCAGGACAAGCUCAAGGCGCAGCAGCUGGCGCGCCAGAAGGUGGUCAACCUCAAGCGGGCGAGCCACGAAGAGGACUACCGGCUAGUCCAGCUGGAGCAGCGCUACGGCCGGCUCGACCUGGCCAGCGCCAACGCGUGGGAGAUGGAGCUGGAAACGGUGCUCGACCAGAUUGCCGCCUCGCAACAGCAACGGCAGCCGCAGCAGCAGCAACAACAGGAACAACAACAAGAACAACAAUCAUCCGGGUCGACCGACGCACCAACAACGGACGGUAGCGAUGCCGCCAACCCAGGGCCCGACGCGCAGGCGCAGGUGCAGGCGCAGCUCGCGCGGCUGCCCAGCAGCGCGGUGCUCCGGGCGCGCAUCCGGGCGCUGCGUGAGCGGUCGGGCGAGACGCACCGGGCCGUGGACGCGCUGCGGGCGCAGAGCAAGGACCGCGAGCUCAAGUACCGACGGCUGGUGGCGCUGUGCACGCGUCGGCCUGAGGCCGAGGUGGACUCGCUGCUCGACACGCUGACGCGCGCGGUCGAGUCGGAGAAGGGCGAGCUCGAGAUCGCCCGCAUCCGCCGGUUCCUCGGCGGCGUGGAGGGCGUCGCCUGAGGUAGGGCUUCUUCACGUAUUUUCGUUUUUCGGGCCGGAGAGGGUCUGGACACGGGAUGGGCGGCCGUGCCGGUUGUGCUGACAUCCGCUGUUUCAAGUGUCUUGCGCUUUUUGCCACUGUUUUUCCCGUUCAGGCGGACUACGGACGAUACCUUGCUGGCUUAUAGUUGCGCUUGCAUUGUGGCAGUAG